AUGAGUGCCUUUGGAGUCCUGCUUCGAAGCAACCAGUUCAUCCUCCUCCUGCUAUUUCUCUUGCAAAUUCAGAGCUUGGGGCUGGAUAUUGACAGUCGGCCUACCCCAGAGGUCUGUACCACACCCACGAUUUCUCCAGGACCCAAAGGAGAUGAUGGGGAGAAAGGAGAUCCAGGAGAAGAGGGAAAGGAUGGUAAAGUGGGACGCAAAGGGCCAAAAGGACUCAAAGGAGAACUCGGAGAUAGAGGUGAUCAGGGCAGUAUUGGCAAGUCUGGGCCGAUGGGCCAGAAGGGUGACAAAGGAGAAAAGGGGUUGCUUGGCAUGCGUGGGGGAAAAGGCAAAGCAGGUACUAUCUGUGAUUGUGGAAGAUACCGGAAAGUGGUUGGACAACUAGAUAUUAGUGUUGCUCGGCUGAAGAAAUCCAUGAAGUUUGUCAAGAAUGUCAUAGCUGGGAUCAGGGAAACUGAGGAGAAAUUCUACUACAUUGUGCAGGAGGAAAAGAACUACAGGGAAUCCCUGACCCACUGCAGGAUCCGAGGUGGGAUGCUAGCCAUGCCCAAGGAUGAAACAGUCAACAACCUCAUCGCUGACUAUGUCUCCAAGAGCGGCUUCUUCCGGGUGUUCAUUGGGGUUAAUGAUCUUGAGAGGGAAGGACAGUUUGUGUUCACUGACAACACUCCAUUGCAGAACUACAGCAACUGGAAGGACGGGGAGCCCAGCGACCCGUACGGUCAAGAGGACUGUGUGGAGAUGCUCAGCUCGGGCAGGUGGAAUGACACUGGAUGUCAUCUCACCAUGUACUUUGUCUGUGAGUUUGUCAAGAAGAAAAAAUAAGUUCCUUUACUGCCUACGUAAUUUCGUCU